AUGUCGGCCACCGCCACCCUCCUCCAGCCCACGCCGCGCGAGCAGCUCACGCCCGCGAUCGGGCUCCGCUUCGAGCGCGAGUUCCAGCUCAAGGACGUCCUCGCCCUCCCCGAGGGCGACGAGCGCAAGCAGGCCACGUUCGAGGAGCUCGCCUACCUCAUCUCGCUCCACGGCGUGUGCGCGUUCCCGGCCCAAGACCUGUCGCCCGAGGACCUCGAGAAGCUCGCCUACGCUCUUGGUCGCGCGAGCGGGGCGCCGGCCGACUCGGACCUGCACAUUCACCCGACGGCUGCGCUCGGCGAGGACGGGCGCCCGAAGGUCGGCAACAUCUCGAACAAGGCCGACGAGGGCGGCCGCCAGAUUAACUUCAAGGACGAGCGCUCCGAGCUCGCGAGCCAGGGCAUCCACACCGACAUCUCGUUCGAGCGUCGCCCGGCGCGUUACUCGAUGCUCCGCAUGCACACGCUCCCGCCGACCGGUGGCGACACGCUCUUCUACUCGUCGUACUCGCACUACGACAAGCUGUCGGCGCCGAUGAAGGCCAUGCUGUCGGGCCUCUCGGCGCGCCACUCGGGCGCCAUGUUCCGCCACCAGGCCCAGCGCCACGGCUUCGACCUGCAUCUCGGACCGCGUGGUGCGCCCGAGAACGUCGACGACUCGUUCGAGGCCUCGCACCCGAUCAUCCGGACCAACGCCGUCACUGGCUACCACGCCCUGUUCGUCAACCAGUGCUUCACGGACCGCAUCGAGGGCGUCACGUUCGACGAGUCGCGCGCGCUCCUCGAGUACCUGUUCCGGCUCCAGGCGCAGGCGCACGACGCCCAGGUGCGGUACCGCUGGUCCGAGGGCGACCUGUGCAUCUGGGACAACUCGGCGGCGCUGCACUGCGCCACGUUCGACUACGACGAGGAGCGCAGUGGCGACCGCACCGUCUUUGUCGGCGAGACGCCCAGGUUCGACGCCGAGCACGGCAGGAGCCGCAAGGAGGCGCUCAAGACGCUCGUCUAGGCGUCGCACACCUUCUCUCCCUCCCCUUUCCUCGAGAGCUUAACCUCUCCUCGCCCCUCGCCCAGUCGUAUCGCCGCAGAACGUCCUCUUGCCCCUCCCCUCUCUCCUUCGUUUUAUUCCCUCAAGCAGUGCCACACCCUCUCUUCUUCUUCUCUCUCUCUCUCUCUCGCUCGUCUUCUCAGUCGAGCCGUACUCGUUGUUGUUCUUUUCGAUUUAGCAAAACGUCUCUGCAGUGCAACCUCGACCCCGUUCAACCCGGUC